AUGGAUAUUGUAACCAAGCCACACUGGUCCAACAUUCAUAAAAAGCCCAAGAUACACAAAACCCUAACCACAAAACCCCCCAAAAAGCUUUUACCAUUUGACGCAUUCGCCAUCGCAGACGCAGAGAGUCGGCAAAUAGAGCCGAAAAUGGUGGUUUACAGGUUCCAUCAGUACCAGGUGGUCGGCAGAGCUCUGCCGACGGAGACGGAGGAGCACCCGAAGAUCUAUCGUAUGAAGCUUUGGGCCACCAAUGAGGUUCGCGCCAAGUCCAAAUUCUGGUACUUCUUGAGGAAACUAAAGAAGGUGAAGAAGAGCAACGGUCAGGUUCUUGCCAUUAAUGAGAUCUUUGAGAAAAACCCGACAACUAUCAAAAACUAUGGUAUCUGGCUGAGGUAUCAGAGUCGGACAGGCUACCACAACAUGUACAAGGAGUAUCGUGACACGACCUUGAAUGGUGCUGUGGAGCAAAUGUACACUGAGAUGGCUUCUCGACACAGGGUUCGCCACCAUUGCAUUCAGAUCAUCAAGACUGCCACCAUCCCGGCCAAGCUCUGCAAGAGGGAGAGCACCAAGCAGUUUCAUGACUCUAAGAUCAAGUUCCCUUUGGUGUUCAGGAAGGUGAGGCCACCCACCAGGAAGCUCAAGACCACUUACAAGGCAUCCAGGCCCAAUCUGUUUAUGUAA